AUGGUCACCAACCAGCUCACAAGCAGGUCCUCGUGGGCCUCCACCGGCGCCGUCUUUGCCGUGUGUACCAUGAUGCUUCUCGCUUCGCCCUCGUCCGCCUUCCAGAUGCCCUCCUUCUUGUCGCAGCUGAUCACCAUCGAGCGAGUCAACAAGCCCGUCGGUGCCGUCGGCUCGCAAGCUGCACCCUACGACGGCCUCGAGUUCCCUCUCUACGGCAACUUCGUCUUCCGCCCGGCUCUCUUUUGGCUCGAAGGCGGUGUGCUCGGCUUCUGUCUCCUCUUCGUGCUCAUCCACCUCGUGGGCAAGACACGCAACCGUCAGAUGGCCUCCCGUUUCGCCGAUGCUGCGCUUCCCGCGCUCCAACAGGAGUUCGCAGCGGUGGCCAACGACGAUGGUCCCAGCCACCUGCUGUGGAACGGCGGCAACUCGGCGCUGAUGUUUGCCUCCGGACGCCGGGGGUGCGCGAGCCUGCAUGUGACGUUCGACUUCAUCCCGCGCCACGACCCUAUGGAGAUUCUGUUCGCUUUCAUCAAGGAUACCGUGAUGGCGUCGAGCACGUCGUCUUUCCGCGAUGCCAUCACGCUCACGUUCACCCUUCCCCCGACAGCCGACAACAUCACCGGUGUGUUUGCGCUGGUCAACAAGGGAGCCCUCCAAACCACCCGUUCUGGGCGUUUCGAUCUCACGUUCGCCAAGGUCAACGACUCGGAUACCACCGUCACGUCGCGUGGACUGUCCAAGCAGUGGGCGAUCAUGUCCGAAGCGCCCGAGCUCACGGACGCGAUCCUCGGCGAGGCGGACCAAAAGGGCGUGGCGCAACGAAGCAAGCUCGGCCUGGUGGACCUACUCGCCGGUCAAGCAGGCAACUUCCUCGACAGCCUCGUGCUCACCGAUCAGCCGUUUACGCGACCCACCAACGGCCCUGUCCCUGCCGAGAAGAGGAAACGACAACUCAUCUUGACGCUGCAGGUGCCCACCUCGCGCGCCGACGCACAGAAGGCAGUGGAACUGCUCCAGUUCGCGUGCAACCUGGUCGACGCAAUGGACACGGGCGUCGUCAAGCUGCGCAACGAGACCAUGGCCAAGCUGCGCAAGACCCGCGCACAGGUGGACAAGGAGCUCCAGGAGGAGGCCACCAAGGAAGAGCGCGAGGCCGAGCAGGAGGCCAAGGAGGAGGCCAAGCGCAAGGCCGAGAAGGAGAAGUUCGACAAGCUGAGUCCCGCGGAGCAGGCCAAGAGAAAGGAGGUCGAGAGGAAGAGGGCGAUGAAGAAGAGCGCGCAGAGGAUGAGGUGA